AUUACGUCACAUAUUUGCCGGUGGACUAACCCGGAUCUAACAGCAAGUGCGUUGAAAAUGUUUACACUCAGUUUAACCCUCGUGCGACAUGGGGAAACACAGUACAACAAGGAGAAGCUGCUGCAAGGUCAAGGCGUGGACACACCUCUGUCAGAAACAGGUGUGCAGCAGGCUGAGGCCGUAGGAAAAUACCUCGGAGACAUCGCAUUCAACUAUGUGUUUUCCAGUAACCUACAACGAGCCAUACAUACGGCUGAAAUAAUUAGGAGGAACAACACUCAUUGUUCUGGCACGGAGAUGGUUUUGGAUCCAUUACUCAGAGAGAGGGGUUUUGGUGUUGCUGAAGGUCACCCCAAAGAGCAUCUGAAGAACAUGGCAAACGCUGCCGGCCAGUCCUGUCGUGACUACACCCCCCCAGGAGGAGAGACUUUGGACCAGGUGAAGCUACGAUUCAAAAAGUUCCUCAAAGCCCUUUUCCAGCAAUUAUCGGAUGAACACGGCAGGGCGGGAGCACCUGAGGCUGCAAACGGGAUGGCAGCUGCUGCCUCGGAGCGGGCUCCUGGUGGCUCGGCUGAGGACGGGCUCCAGGAAGCGUCGGUCCACGCUCUGGUCGUGAGCCACGGAGCUUACAUCCGUGUGGCCAUCAAGCACCUCCUGGAGGACUUAAAAAGCUCUCUGCCUGCAGGGGCCAAGAUGUCCCAAGUGUUUUCUCCAUGUCCAAACACGGGCAUCAGUCGCUUCGUUUUCACCCUGAGCCCCUCCGAGUCGGGCCCCGUCCUCUCUGCUGCUCGCUGCUGCUUCACCAACAGGAAGGAGCACCUGGGGAACCUCACAGCUGCUGAAAAGUGUGGAGGGAAAGAGAUGGGAUAAAAGUUUUUUGUACGGCGUUGGUGUAUUGGUGUGCAGAUGUACAGAGUCUAUGAUGGGAACAAUCAUGAAUCAUGAACACUAAACCGAAAAAACAGGGAAAUACUUCAAGCAAUGCACACUGAGAAAUAAUGUGUUCUCAUUCAUGUGUGUGUAUAUAUAUAUAUAUAUAUAUAACGUUUUACUUAGAAUCAACGAUAAGUGUCCAGUACUGUAUUGUCAAACUGUUCCUUCAUCCUCCCAAGUGAGGCCAGUGAGAAUUUAAGUAUUCAAUAUAACUUUAUUGCCUCUUUUAUCAUGUUAUACCAAAGUCAGAACUAUUUAAUGUAAGUUUGAACACUCCGUGUGCGUGGCAUUUUUAAAUGUGAUGCGUAUCUUGUGAUGCUGCUGCUCAUUUCACUUGUGCAAUACAACAUGACAAACCUGAAUCUUUGUCGAGUCUGAUAAAUAAUACAGGAUGCACAUAUCACUCAAAUAUAUGAAAUCCGUCCAACUCUUUGUCGUUCAAUGGUUGUUUUUAGUCUUUCUAUUUUUAGAGUCCCUUUUUGAUCCCCUCUGAAUGCUUUGUGCUUCGCUGUCGGUCAUGGCCUCAAUAUUUCAAAGAAAAUCCAAUCUAUUUAUAUUAAUGCCAAAAGCUAACAUCUUAAAACUGAAGACUUGAAAUAAACCUAAAGGAACAACUAAUGCAUUACAGAAGAUGAAAUAGAGGAAAGUGGACUCUUUCUAGAUUGCUUUUUCAUUGUUAUUGUCAGUGGUGGAAGAAGAAUUCAGAUAUGUUACUUAAGUUAAAAUAGUACAAUAAGUAAAGGUCCUGCAUUCAAAGUCUGUAAAAGAAUAAAUAAAUUUGAACCAGUA